AUGCUACUACGGCCCCUCCUCGCCGUGGCUGGCCUCUCUGCCGCCACCCACGCCUUCCUACUUCCCCCCGAGAUAAGUUCACACGACGCCGAAGUCGUCGAGACGCUUCCAUUCGAGAGUGCCUCCCUCGCACAGACCCAGUCACUCAGUCUUGACUGCCCUGGAUGCCCUCCCGUGUUCAAGAACCACCAUGGAAAGCCUAAGAAGCACCAUAAGCAGCACAGCAGCCACCUCGAGCUCGACUUCUCUGUUGAUCGGUCCGCCGAGUCCGACCGUCUGAUGCUCAACGGCUUCGAGUUGUACCCCAACUCCGACCCAUUUACCAACGUUCUCAUCGCCCCACAAGUUGCCGACAAGCCGAAGCAUCACAAGGACCACAAGAAACACGACAAACACACACAGGGCGAUGGGGACAACUCCAGGGUUCUUCCUAGCCAUCACAAGUUCAGACCAGGUCAUCAGGUGAGACCAAAGGUUGUCGAGCAGCCACUCGGUUUCGGCCUUCAGAUCCACCCUGUCCAGAAGACGGCCGACGACAACUUGGAUCUCGUCGUUCUCGACCUCCAGAUUAUCGAAGUCGGUUCGGUAUUUGUCGAGGGCCUUCCCAACAUACGUAUCAACAUGAUCAAGUCACCAAAAGAUGACCUCCUGAUCGCCAAGAUUGAGCAGACCGCAUCUGAGAAUGUCUCAUCGCCGAAGGGUGAAGAGUGCACCACCAUGCUGUGCAAGUGGAAGGCUAUCAUCGCCGAUAAGCUCAACAAAAUGAAGUCGCACGGCUGCGCUGGCAUGAUGGGCGGCAAGGCCGGUCACGAACAUACCCAACCUGCUCACCACCACGACGAGCAAUACGGAAUGUUCAACCGUCCUAAUGGCUGGUCUUUGUUCUUCCGCAAGGUGACCUCGCACAUCAUCCUCCCUGUCCUUGUGGGCAUUGUUGCCGGAGUCACUGUUGCCGUCGUGAGCAUGUUGGUUGGAACCGUCCUUGUUGGUCUCUUCCGAAAGUUUGUCCGCGGCCAGUCUUUCUUCCCUCAACAUCGCUGCCGUCUUCACCCAGGCGGACGCCACCACAAGGCCGCACAGAUGGAGGCUGCUGCCGAUGAGGAAAAGUCGGGCUUGAUGGACAACCAGGAGGGUCUGCCUCCUUCUUAUGAACAGGCCGAGGUCAACCAUGUCGAGAGGGCCUAA